CUCUCUCUCUCUCUCUCUCUCUCUCUCUCUCUCUCUCUCUCUCUCUCUGCGGCUUUGAUUACGCUUUCUGAUUGAAGAGCCCAAGAAGCUCAGAUUCUAGAUUCUCUGCUCUUCCAUGAAAGUCCUUUUAUUACCCCUUCUCUCUGACAAUCUCUGUAUGGAUCUCUGUCCUUUCUCACUUCUUCCUCUGUUCUUCGGCUUCUGGGUUCCACUCGAAUCUGCUGUUUUCCUCACUUUCUGUGCAUCUGUCAUCGUUUUCCGAGCUGCAUUCUGAUCCCGUCACGUUUCUCUGCCCGAUUGCCAUGGCGGAUCCCAAGUUCUUAUCCCAUUUGACUGCUCUGAUUCAUCUCUGAAGUCCAUGACUUUUGCUCUGAUUCAUCCUGGAGAUCAUCAAAGCAUAUGAUAAUUCCAACUUAUUUAUUCAUUCGUACGUUUCUGGUGUGUUUGGUUGCGGUUCCCGGUUUCGGGUACUUGUGUUUCUGAAGCUGUUGCAAUCAUGCACACGAUAUGUUCGCUGGUAUUACUCUUAGUGGUAAGCGUUUCGGGUUUCUCCGAUUUCGAAGCUCUUUUGGAGCUCAAGAAGGGUAUACAAGAAGACCCUUCAGGUCGAGUUCUUCCUUCAUGGGAUUCCGAGGCUUUGUCUUCUGAUGGGUGUCCCAAGAAUUGGCAUGGGAUCUCUUGCAUUGGAGGUUAUGUUACCUCCAUUGAUUUGAAUGGGCUAGGUCUUGUUGGGAAUUUCAGGUUCAGUGCAAUUGUUGGCCUUAGAAUGAUGGAAAACAUAACGAUUUCGAAGAAUCAGUUCAGUGGAACUAUAUCGAAUAUCGGUUUGUUCAAGUCUCUUAAGUAUUUGGACUUGUCGUGUAACGUGUUUCGUGGGUCUGUGCCCUCUGGAAUUGAGAAUUCGAGGAGCUUGAAGUUUUUGAAUCUUUCCUCCAACAAUUUCGGAGGAGAGAUUCCCUCUGGUUUUGGGAAUCUUGACAAGUUGGAGUACCUUGAUUUGCAUGGCAAUAGUUUCUCAGGCGAUGUGAUGAAUCUGUUUUCUCAGCUGGUUACUGUGGCUUAUGUGGACAUAAGCAGGAACAAGUUUUCGGGUUCUCUUGAUUUGGCUCUUGGAAGAUCGAGCUUUGUUUCCUCAGUUCGAUAUUUGAACGUAAGCGGAAACUCUCUGGCGGGACAACUGUUUGCUCAUGACGGCAUUCCGUUUUUCGAUAGUUUAGAGGUGUUCGAUGCUAGCAGUAAUCAGUUGUCCGGUUCUGUUCCUCUGUUCAGUUUUGUCGUCUCUCUCAAGAUUCUCCGGUUACAAGGCAAUCAUUUUUCAGGCACUUUACCACAAGGUCUUGUGCAAGAAAGUUCAAUGGUCUUGUCUGAACUAGAUCUCAGCCUCAAUCAACUUGAAGGUCCUGUUGGAAGUAUAACAUCGGGAACACUCGAGAAACUGAACUUGUCCUCAAAUAAACUUUCGGGUUCCUUGCCCCUGAAGGUAGGACAUUGCGCCAUUAUCGACCUGAGUGAUAAUAAAAUCUCAGGAAGCUUAGCCAGGAUAGAGAGUUGGGGAAAUUAUGUGGAAGUUAUCCGGCUGAGUUCGAACUCACUCAGUGGAUCACUACCUAACCAAACUUCUCAGUUCCUGAGGCUGACCUCCUUCGAAGCUGCCAACAACUCGUUGCAGGGCGUUCUACCAUUUAUUUUAGGAACUUAUCCUGAAAUUAAGACCAUUGAUCUCAGUCACAACCAACUUAGUGGCUUCCUCCCUGGAAAUAUUUUCACUUCUGCAAAAUUGACUGAUCUCAAACUGUCAAGCAAUAAUUUCACAGGUACACUUCCUCUUCAAGAUGCAAGGAGGGUCGGGAAUCUGAGCUUGACCGCUAUUGAUCUGUCACAUAACACUUUAGGUGGGGUUAUUCCCGAGGAACUCAGUCAGUUCCGUAAUCUUGUGUCUCUGGACCUUUCAGAUAACGAGUUUGAAGGGAAUAUCCCUGAUGACCUUCCAGACAACCUUGAAGUACUCAAUGUUUCGGCCAAUAAUCUCUCUGGCAUUGUACCCGAGAAUCUCAGACGGUUUCCAGAGUCGGCAUACCAUCCAGGAAACACCUUAUUGAUCAUCCCAAAUUCUCCAUCCACGCCGAAAGAUGCCGCAGAUAUAACAUUGAGGAAACAUAUGCCUCAUAUGAAACCUUCCACAAAGGUUGGUUUGAUUGUGGGUUUGGUCGCAGGUACUGUUGGACUCGCCUUUGUUUGUCUUUUGGUUCAUCAUGUGGUAAAGAAGAAACAUAAGGAGGAGGAGGAGAAAAUGGAAGGAAUUGAAGGAAAGAAGAGUGGUCCGAAAGCUGAAUCUUCCCUUUCUCAUGCAUCUACUCCCAAAACGAAGGCAGAGCCACCGGUCUCUUCACCUUGCUUCUCCCAAGAUCGUGAUUCAGGAACUUCUUCCGCGGUUUCGCAAGUGCCUAAUGACCCUAAAUUGACAAGAAAGGAUGAAAUCUCAUCAUCCCCAAUGUCUCUUGUAACCUCGGUGACUCCAUCACCAUCCAGAAUCCAGAGUUCUCCUGAGAAUCCAAGGUCUUGCCAAUCUCCAGUUAAACUGGCCGGUGACUUGUACGUUUUUGACAGUUCUCUAGUGUUUACACCAGAGGAACUGUCCUGUGCUCCGGCUGAAGCUAUGGGGAGGAGCUGCCAUGGAAUAUUGUACAGAGCAAUGCUCAACUCUAAUUGUGUGUUAGCAGUCAAGUGGUUAAGGGAAGGGAUCGCAAAAAGUAAGAAAGACUUUGCCAGGGAGAUCAAGAAACUUGGUAACAUCAAGCACCCGAAUCUCGUUUCCCUUCAGGCUUACUAUUGGGGUCCGAAGAAACACGAGAAGCUCCUCAUAUCAACAUUCAUCGAUGCACCUUCCUUGGCUCACUAUCUCCAAGAGACCAGACCGGGAAACCUUCCACCCUUGUCCUUGGACAACCGUCUCAAGAUUGCUCAGGACAUAGCCCGAUGUCUCAGUUACCUACACAAUGAGCGGGCAAUUCCGCAUGGAAAUCUCAAAUCCACCAACGUCCUCUUACAACCUUCUCCCGAACUUACUGCACGCCUAACUGAUUACAGCCUUCACCGGAUAAUUACACCGGCAGCCACAGCCGAGCAAGUCCUGAAUGCAGCCGCUCUCGGGUACCGCCCGCCAGAGUUUGCCAGCUCGAGCAAACCUUUCCCGUCUCUGAAAAGCGAUGUGUAUGCAUUCGGGGUCAUCCUACUAGAGCUUUUAACUGGCAAAAGCUCGGGAGAGAUAGUUUCCAGUGACCCCGGGGUCGUUGAACUCACUGACUGGGUUCUGAAGCUUGUGGGACAAAACCGAACAGUUCAGUGUUUCGAUCAAACCCUUCUUGAAACACCCGAUUCGAGUUAUCUCCCUCGGGUUCUCAUUGAAAUGUUGCAAGUUGCUCUCAGCUGCAUUUUACCGGCGCCAGAGAGGCCGGAUAUGAAGACAGUGUUUGAAGAGCUUUCAAGCAUAUUACCUCACAUGUGAAAGCUUCCGAAUGAGCAAGAAGGUUCUCUAACUUGCUAUUUCUAGGGAUGGGCAAAUGGUUAGGUUACUGUUAAUUUGGGUUGGCUAUACCAAAUGGUUAUUACAUUUUAUUCCAUUUGGUUCCUUUCGGUUUCAAUUUUGUCUAUUUAGAAUUGUACAAAAUUAGAACCAAAUAAAUAUUCGAUUCGUUUAUA